UGCGCUGACCGGCCCGGCCGGCCGGCCCCUUCUGGGUCCUCCCUGUGCAGCCCGUGCGGGGCCGUCCCGGAGACCCCGCGCCGACGGCUGCUCAAACAUCAGGCUGGCCCCACAAAGGACACUGUCAAAGUCCCCAGCCCGGGGCCCUGCGUAGACCUGGAGUGGCCACCCCACCGUUCCCUUCAUGAUUCGUUCAUAGCACAGUGGAAAUGGAUGAUGAGGAUGGGAGAUGCUUACUAGACGUGAUUUGUGACCCUCAGGCCCUCAAUGACUUCCUGCAUGGAUCCGAAAAGCUGGACAGCGAUGACCUCCUGGACGCCCCUGUGGAGGCCCAAAGUGCCUUCUAUGAAGGUCCUGGGCUCCACGUGCAGGAAGCUGCCGGCAACCACCUGAACCCUGAACCCAGCCAGCCUGCCCCCAGCGUGGACCUGGACUUCCUAGAAGAUGAUAUCUUGGGCUCCCCUGCAGCAGGAGGUGGUGGAGGGGGCGGUGGGGGCCCAGACCAGCCCUGUGACAUCCUUCAGCAGAGUCUUCAGGAAGCCAACAUCACAGAACAGACCUUGGAGGCUGAGGCUGAGCUGGACCUGGGCCCCUUCCAGCUGCCUACCCUACAGCCGGCCGACAAUGGGGCAGGUGCUCCUGGGGCUGCAGGAGCCACUGCAGUGACUGCAGGACCCCAGGCUCUCUUCCCAGGCAGUGCGGACCUGCUGGGGCUACAAGCCCCACCCACUGUACUGACUCACCAGGCCCUGGUGCCACCCCAGGAUGUGGUCAACAAAGCCCUGAGCGUCCAGCCUUUCCUGCAGCCUGUGGGCCUGGGCAACGUGACCCUUCAGCCCAUUCAGGGUCUUCCUAAUGGUAGCCCUGGGGGCGCUACAGCAGCCACCUUGGGCCUGGCCCCUAUUCAAGUGGUGGGCCAAUCUGUCAUGGCCCUUAACCCACCCACCUCCCAGCUCUUGGCAAAGCAGGUGCCUGUCAGUGGCUACCUGGCCUCGGCAGCUGGUCCCUCGGAGCCAGUGACACUGGCAUCUGCCGGCGUGUCCCCCCAGGGGGCCGGCCUGGUCAUCCAGAAGAGUCUCCCAGCCGCGGUGACCACCACACUCAACGGGAACUCAGUGUUUGCCGGGACGGGGGCCGCCACUGCAGCAGCCAGUGGGGCACCCUCGGGACAGCCGCUGGCGGUGGCCCCGGGCCUUGGCACUUCAUCGCUGGUACAAGCACCCAAUGUGAUUUUACAUAGAACCCCGACUCCCAUCCAGCCCAAGCCUGCGGGGGUACUGUCCUCCAAACUCUACCAGCUGACACCCAAGCCCUUCACCCCAACUGGGGCCACCCUCACCAUCCAGGGUGAGCCAGGCACCUUGCCCCAGCAGCCUAAGGCCCCCCAGAACCUGACUUUCAUGGCCGCAGGCAAAGCUGGCCAGAAUGUGGUGCUGUCUGGCUUCCCAGCACAGGCCUUACAGGCGAAUGUAUUCAAGCAGCCACCCGUCACCACCACGGGGACCGCCCCGCAGCAGCCCCCCGGGGCCCUCAGCAAACCCAUGAGCGUCCACCUCCUCAACCAAGGCAGCAGCAUCGUGAUCCCAGCUCAGCACAUGCUUCCAGGCCAGAACCAGUUCCUGCUGCCAGGCACCCCAGCCGUUCAACUUCCCCAGUCACUCUCCGCCCUGCCUGCCAACGUGGGCAGCCAGAUCCUCACAGCCGCAGCGCCACAUGCAGGAGGACAGCUCAUUGCCAACCCGAUCCUCACCAACCAGAACCUGGCAGGCCCCCUGAGUCUGGGCCCCGUGCUGGCACCCCAUUCUGGAGCACACAGUGCCGCUCACAUCCUCUCCGCAGCUCCCAUUCAGGUGGGCCAGCCUGCCCUCUUCCAGAUGCCAGUGUCGCUGGCCACUGGCAGCCUGCCCACCCAGAGCCAGCCGGCUCCCACUGGCCCCACGGCCACCACCGUCCUCCAGGGCGUCACCCUGCCUCCCAGUGCUGUGGCCAUGCUCAACACCCCUGAUGGGCUAGUGCAGCCCACCACCCCUGCUGCUACCACUGGGGAGGCCACACCUGUUCUGGCAGUUCAGCCUGCCACCCAGGUGCCCCCUGCUGUCACCACACCAGUGCCCAUGGGUCUCCAGCAGCCACAGGCACAGCAGCCUCCACAGGCCCCUACCCCACAGGCGGCCACCCAGCCUCAGGCCACCCCUCCUCAGGCCAGCCCAAGCCUGGCAUCCAGCCCAGAGAAGAUUGUCCUGGGGCAGCAGCCCCCUGCAGCCACAACAGCCAUCCUCACUCAGGAUUCCCUCCAGAUGUUCCUGCCCCAGGAGAGGAGCCAGCAGCCCCUCUCUACAGAGGGCCCCCACCUCUCGGUGCCUGCCUCCGUCAUAGUCAGCGCCCCGCCUCCUGCCCAAGACCCAGCCCUGGCCACGCCCAUCACCAAAGGGGCUCAGACUCCCGACAGCCGGGCUUCCCCAGCUCCGGCACCCCAGAUCCCUGCAGCCGCUCCAGUGAAAGCCCCUGGCCCCUCUUCUUCCCCAUCACUAUCCCACCAGGCCCCACUGGGAGACAGUCCCCACAUGCCCUCCCCACACCCUGCCAGGCCCCCUUCCCGCCCACCCUCAAGACCCCACUCUCGCCCUCCAUCCCAGCCCCAGAGCUUGACCUGCCCACCCUCCGAGCCCACCCUGCACCCCUGCCCUCCACCCCAGGGUCCCCCGACUCUACCUGGCAUCUUUGUCAUCCAGAAUCAACUGGGUGCCCCACCACCAGCCGGCACCCCAGCCCCCACAGCCCCAGGCCCACCCCAGCCACCUCUGCGACCCCCAUCCCAACCUCCUGAGGGCCCACUGCCCCCAGCCCCUCACCUCCCUCCCUCCUCCACCCCCUCCACUGUGGCCUCCUCUUCUGAGCCUUCUGCCAGGUUGCCAGUCCCCACACCCCCCGACUUCCAGCUCCAGUUCCCACCAGGCCAGGGGCUCCAUAAGUCCCCUACUCCACCACCAGCCCUCCACAUGGUCCCUGAGCCCACAGCGCCCCCUCCACCACCACCACCACCUCGGACCUUCCAGAUGGUAACCGCCCCCUUCCCAGCACUGCCCCAACCGAAAGCACUUCUGGAAAGAUUCCAUCAGGUGCCGUCUGGGAUCAUUCUCCAGAGUAAGGCUGGGGGCACCACCCCCACCCCACAGACGUCUACCACCCUGGCACCCCUCGCCAGUCCUACUGUGCUAGUCAGCGGGCAGGCACCACCUGGGACCCCUGCUGCCUCAAGCCAUGCCCCAGCCUCCACACCUCUGGCCACCACAGGCCUGCCUCCUCUACUUCCUGCCGAAAACAAAGCUUUUGCCAGCAAUCUUCCAACCCUGAGUGUGGCCAAAGCUGCUGUGUCCGGGCCAGGGAAGCCCCCAGCAAUGCAGUAUGACAAGUUGUGUAGCCUGAAGAAACAGCCCAUGCUGCAGCCCAGCAAAGAAGCCUGCUUCCUGGAGCAUCUGCACAAACAUCAGGGCUCUGUCCUGCACCCCGAUUACAAGACAGCCUUCCCCUCCUUCGAGGAUGCCCUCCAUCGCCUCCUGCCCUACCAUGUCUACCAAGGCGCCCUCCCCUCCCCCAACGACUACCACAAAGUGGACGAAGAAUUUGAGACUGUUUCCACGCAGCUGCUCAAACGCACCCAGGCCAUGCUCAAUAAAUACCGGCUUUUGCUUCUAGAAGAGUCCCGGAGAGUCAGUCCUUCCGCCGAGAUGGUCAUGAUCGACCGGAUGUUCAUUCAGGAGGAAAAGACCACCCUUGCCUUGGAUAAGCAGCUUGCCAAGGAGAAGCCUGAUGAGUACGUGUCUUCCUCCCGCUCCCUCGGCUUCCCCACCCCAGUGUCUUCCGAGGGUCACCGGCUCCCCAGCCAUGGCCCCUCAUCCUCAUCUUCCACAUCCGGAACAUCUGCCCAGCCCCCUCCUCACCUGCCCACCAAGCUAGUGAUCCGGCAUGGCGGGGCUGGCGGCUCCCCUUCAGUGACCUGGGCCAGGGCAUCAUCCUCCUUGUCGUCAACUUCUUCAUCCUCAUCCUCAUCCUCUGCCGCCUCAUCCCUGGACGCUGAUGAGGAUGGCCCCAUGCCCUCCCGUAACCGGCCGCCCAUCAAGACCUACGAGGCCCGGAGCCGCAUCGGCCUCAAACUCAAGAUCAAGCAGGAGGCAGGACUCAGCAAGGUUGUGCACAACACGGCACUGGAUCCCGUGCACCAGCCCUUGCCUGCACCUGCCCCUGCAAAAGGGGCGGAGCCUCCGCCUCGCCCAGCUCCGCCCCCACCCCCACCUGCCACACAGGCACAGAUGAACGGCACUCUGGACCAUCCUCCACCCGCAGCCCGCAAACCCACAAUGCCCACGUCCUGCCCACGUCUACCACUACGCAAGACCUACCGUGAGAACGUUGGCGAUCCGGGGACAGCCGAGGGGGCACAGGGACGGCCGCGGGGUGCAGGCAGCCCCACUCCAUUGCCCGCCAAGGUGGAUGAGGCCACCAGCGGGCUGAUCCGAGAGCUUGCAGCGGUGGAGGACGAACUGUAUCAGCGUGUUCUGAAGGGCGGCCCACAACCCCCAGAAACCCCAGCUUCUGCCACCAGCCAGGGUGCCACCGAACCCGUUUGGGAAGCACCCGUGCUACCCCCACCCAAAAGACGCAAGUCCGAAUCCCCGGACGUGGACCAGGCCAGCUUCUCCAGUGAUAGCCCACAGGACGAUACACUCACUGAGCAUUUGCAGAGCGCCAUCGACAGCAUCCUUAACCUGCAGCAGGCCCCCGGCCGGACACCCGCAGCCCCAUACCCCCAUACAGGGCCCACGCCCGGAACCCCCACAUCCCCAGCACCCCUGCACAGGCCCGAUGCCCUCCCCCCCUCCAGUCACAAUGGUGGCCUCGGCGCCAGGACGUUGAACAGAUAACACUGGGCUGCUCCUGUGGCCUCUGUCAGGUGCCCCCAACCCCACUUCCAGGGGAGCAGCCUGGCAGCCCACCUCCACCUCUAAGGGGCGCUAACCCAGUUCCCCUGACAAUUCUUGCCUAAGUUAUUUGAGUCACAAAGGCCUCCCCACCUUCCUGCUUCCACGUUGGCUAGAGAUUUGGGAUGGGGCGUGGGUUUUCUAGACAAGGUAGCCGUAAUGUACAGUGUCCCCCUGGCACAGGACAGGACAGGGGUAUGAUACAUACGAGUGUUGCCCAGGACUGGGCUACUGGGUUGACACACUGGUAACAUCUGAAUACCGGGUCUUGUCUGAUUGGCUUCAUGGAUCACUCGCUAUCCUGGGCGCUCACAGCUGGGAGAGACCUUCAGACAGGCCCGGCUCUCUUCUGGUUGCCCACAGAGCCUGGAAAAUUAGGAAGCAAGGAUUCAAGUCAGUGUCUCAAAGUACCUGCGUCCCAUCCAUACGUGCACUCGCUUGAGUCAUCCUGUAUGUGUGCGUGCACGAGAGAGCGAGA